GUAUAGAUUUCGAUCGUGGAAAAUUCAGAUUCCAUAGCGAAGAAAAGAAAGGCGGCGGAUUCAAAAGAACACACCAUACAAAUCAAAGACGGAGCCUUUAAGCAAUUUCGUUUAAUUAAAUCUUUGGAACCAACAAAUCCUCUCAAACUGAUUGAAUGAGAAACCCUCCUCCGUCUCUGCUCUCCCUCACCGUCAACGCCGCCGUCUUAAACCUCUCUCGCAUCAACGAUCUCUCACAUCUACCUGAUCACAUCCUCCUUGACCUCUUCGCAAGGACACUGAAAGCUGGGAAAUUGAAUGAGAGAGUUCUGAGACUCUUUAUGGCAUCUGGAAACGAAGAAGUUCUUUCUGUUAUCGACGCCCUCAAAAUCAAAAUCAACAUUUCCCCGAUCCUUCCUACUCGAUGUGAUGAGAAGUUUAGAUUGAACGGGACUAGGCGUUAGGUGAAGGGUGGAUGAUUAUCGCGAUGAGCGAGUUUGGAAACUCGGUCCGAUGUGUUAAAAGGUUAGUUCCUGAUUGCAGUUUUCGGAUCAUUUAGGCAGAAACAACAAAUCUGGACAACUGCAGAGAUACAUUGCCUGAUUGAAGUCUGUAUUUUUCUUCUCUUUGUGUGUAAAUAUUAAACGAAGGGGUUCAAAUUAUAUAUAAGCUUCUUCUUUUUUCCGUUCCUUUGAACUCUUAUGCAGUCAUAGAAGCUUCUUGUCUGCUGCAGAGUUUUGUUAUAAGUUUCUAGUUUUGAUAGGUUGGUUAUCUGAAUUCCAAGUCCAUGUUUCAUAUAAAGAUCUAGUAAUUAG